UGAGGUGGGCGAGGUUGGUGUGCGGCAGAAAAAAGGAUGCCGUAGAAUAGCGUACAAAGCAUCUAUGAUCUGCAUGGCUGCAGAAACCAGAACUACCACAAGAUGGCAGCAAAGGAGCAUAAAGAACCUCAAUCGUUUGCUGCCAUCUAGGGAUGGCCCGGGAAUUGCACUCAAGAUUUGAGUGGAAAGGAAGCCCCUAUAGGAGAGGCAAUUGGCAUCCAUUGUGGUGGAGUCAAUGCAAGGAAAGAGGUUGGUGAAAGGAAGAUCCUGGCACUCCCAGAAGUUAAAUAUGAGUUAGACUUGGAAAAUGGACUUGUCCAUAAUCGAAGCUGUCACUCACUUCUGAUAUGUAUUAAUAUUCUGCUUUUCUCAUAUGCAGGCACACCCCAAGAUCCCAGUCAAGAAAAUCAAUAGUAGUAAUAAUAAAUAAUGCAAGAGUGAAUAAAGGCAGCCUGGUGGUGGGCAGAUGGAAAAUGAAUACAGUGACAUCUGGGCAGCACAAGGGCUGAGCACAAGGGCAGCAGGGUGGAGCCAGGCAGUACAAGGAAAUAAUCCUACUGGGCAGGGAUGUUUGAUGGGGCAAAGAUCAGUUAGCACAAAGUUGAAGGCAAACUCAUUGUUUCCUAAUAGCAGUCCCAGGUGUGGAGUGCCACACGGAAGCAGAAGGUAGGUUGGGAUAUGCUAGUAGACCUCUGGGUGGACCCCAUCUUCUAAUAUUUCCCCCCCCCCCCCCGAUUGCUGCUCUGUGAACAUACUGGACCAACUCCUGUAAUGUCUGACAAUCAAUUUAGCUGAGUGGAUUGCGGCCAUUCAGGGCCAGCAUCUCUUGAAGGCAACCGCUUGGGUGGGAAGGUGGCUCAAUCAGUCUUGAAACCUAUAGCCAGUUCCUUUCAGUUAAGUUCAGGAGUGGGGAGGCUUAGGGAGAUCAGCAUGAAUGCAAUUUGUGUGUGAAAAGAUUGAUGGGGUGGAUUCUGGUACAGAUCACUAGUUUCUGGUUUGAGCGUAUGUCUGGCUAGUGCAUUUGUGCUUUGUCUUGAAUUGUAUAAAUAUGGUGACUAAACAUCACUUGGUCAGUUUUACCCAACAUCAAACAAGCAAGUCACUAUAUGGCUUAGUAGUGUGAUAUGUCACCACAAUCAUUCUGUUUGUGAACUCUUAACGAAAGAGAUUACUUCAUAUUUGGCUUCAGUUAGUAACCUAUAAAACAGAUCCCAUAAGCUGGAAUGUUAUCCAUUACUGCUAUCUGCGUUAUGGAAUGAAUCCAGUUUUGAUUGCAGAGGGUACAUACAAAGGGGGCGGGGGUGAUAAUAAAUGGCAGAGCUGCAGGGGGACAUUUAGCCAAGUAAUACUGGAAAUAAAUUUGCUGGGAGAAUUUCCAAGUUUGCAUCUUGUUUUUUCUUUAAAAAAAAAACAGAAAUGGGCUGCCUUUUAGAGAAAGUCAAAAAGGGAUUCCGAAACGCUUCAGCUGAUGCUCCAUGCAGGAAAUCUGCUGUUGGAAGAUCUCCUCGCUCAGUUUCUCUUUUCUGUAGGUGGCUAUGUCAGCUGAGGCCACCACAGAUUCAUCCCCAUCCCUGGAGAAUUGUGCUCCACUGGUCCCAACCCAGCACCGACGGGAUGGCAGGGGUGGGGUAACUGAGGUGACUUUGGACCUUAAGCCCCUGAACCCCAGCAGCAAGUACGUCAAGCUGAAUGUGGGAGGAUCUCUGCAUUACACCACCGUGCAGACCCUGACCAAGCAAGAUACCAUGCUCAAGGCCAUGUUCAGUGGCCGAAUGGAAGUCCUCACAGAUAGCGAAGGUUGGAUCUUGAUUGACCGAAGCGGCCGCCAUUUUGGAACUAUUUUGAAUUAUUUGCGAGAUGGCUCAGUAUCUCUUCCAGAGUCACAGCGGGAGCUGGAGGAAGUAUUGUGUGAAGCCCGGUAUUAUCUGAUCCAAGGUUUGGUUGAGGACUGCCAGCUUGCAUUACAGCAAAAAAAUGAAGCCUAUGAUCCUCUCUGCCAUAUCCCCAUGGUGACAUCUCCCAAGGAAGAACAGCAGAUCAUCUCAAGAUGUUCCAAGCCUGUGGUGAAGUUACUGCAUAACAGAAGUAAUAACAAGUAUUCCUAUACCAGUAACUCUGAUGACAACUUACUGAAGAAUAUCGAACUGUUUGACAAACUAGCUCUGAGGUUCAAUGGACGAGUGCUUUUCAUCAAAGACGUUCUUGGGGAUGAGAUCUGCUGCUGGUCAUUCUAUGGGCAGGGCCGCAAGAUUGCAGAGGUUUGCUGUACUUCCAUUGUCUAUGCCACCGAAAAGAAGCAGACCAAGGUCGAGUUUCCCGAAGCCCGGAUCUUUGAAGAGACCCUGAACAUCCUGAUCUAUGAGACACCACGGGUGCCAGACAAGGCCCUCCUGGAGGCCACCGGGGGAGUUGCGGGUGGAGGCGGAGGCCCCCUCCGUGCUGGUGAUGACGAAGAUGGGCGAGAGCACCGCGUCCGGCGCAUUCACGUCCGCAGGCACAUUAUGCAUGACGAACGCCCUCAUGGCCACCAGGCUGUUUUCAAAGACUGAUCCAGCCUUGUUUCCAAGGUCCUCAUCUCUCCAAUUCUUCCGUGCCAAAAGAGGACCUUUUUUUCUUUUAAUAUUUUGCCCAAAAGAUCCUCUAUGGUGUUUGUGCUCUUUUUGAGUCUUUUCUGUUCGGGGUCGUUGUUUUUUUAAAAAAAAUCUUAUUUCUUUAUAACUAAUUUGAGCACAUCUUCCCCUUCUCAGUUAUUUUUGUUGUGACAAUAAAAGGCCUUGGUCAUCGUA